AUGGUUUUGUACCUCUUGCGAAGUUGCUGUCAGCCAUGGCAAUAUGAUCAGCCUGAUGCAGAUCGAAGAUCAUGGUAUGCAAGAUCGUUCGAUUCGAGUACUUUUAAAGAUCAUCGGAGUGUACAUGCGAUCGAUGAAGACCGCCGUAUUUAUCGAAAACCAUACGUCGUACUAAACAGAACUCCGAAACCAAAAUCCGAAUUUGAUGACAAUAGCUUUGUAUCUUAUAGCGUUCCUUCAUCAAUACCUCUCUCGGAGGCAUCAGUGUCUGGUAUAGAUAACAGAACGAAACCGAAUGGUGUCAGAAAUUAUACCAUCAAUGUAACACGAAACUACUUUGUAGAAAAUAGUCCACCUGUCAAAGCCAAAUCAUCUUUGCGUGCUACUCGAGUGUUGCACGAAUCAAUCUUCUUCACAGUGAAUAUGGCGGUUGAGGAGAUCACUGAUGAUCCUAACUGGGAAAUGUUAAGUGAUGAUCUAGUUUGUGAUACAAAGAACAACCGAUCAUUAUUACUAAAACAAGCUGUAGUAGACAACGUUGUCGGCUACUCACUGUUAUCUCAGCAAAAUAUCAGAUCUGUAAAUCCGCCAGCAGUUUACCUUCAUCAACCGAAAGCUUACGAGGCUGAAACGAAUCCGUUGCAUUUUGCAAUCGUACGGAGUCAUUCACCAUGGAUCACCAAUGAAAUUGUCAGUUCUACAGAAACGGAAAUGAGUGGUCACGACUCAGAAUCAGCUUUCAUCACAAUGCGUCCAUUGACACCGGAGAAAGCAUUACCUGACAUGUCAACAGAUACUGAUGAAUAUAAGACAGCAGACAUUGACGAGGUACAAUUCCAAUUUCAAGAACUUUUUCGUGUGCACAAACCGAAUGAACCGUACAAAGAAUUUUUUCUGACAUCUGCUCUUUCGGCAUUGCCAAUUUUCCCAGAACACGACUCUUAUCAUUAUAAUGAGGUUAUCGAGCCAAUAGUUCAAACACAGCCCAUAGAAGCUAUUUUGGAUUCUAUUGACGGCAAUGAAAUUUUUGCAUUGCCUGUCUCGUCACGUGCCCGUUACGAAGAACCACUAGAAAUGUACUAUUAA